AUGAAGCCUAUUUUGUUGAUUUUUUUUAUACUUUCAGGAGUUUUUGUCGAAACUUACCAGCAGCAGCAGCAGCAGCCCAUCAAAACUAUUGUGGUUUUGGUGUUGGAAAAUCGAUCCUUUGAUCAUAUGCUUGGGUGGAUGAAGAAAUCUGUAAAUCCCGCAAUCAAUGGAGUCACAGGAAAAGAAUGCAAUCGAGUUUCUACCAAAGCAGAGGAUACUGAAACAAUUUGCUUUUCUGAUGAUGCUGAAUAUGUGGAUCCAGAUCCCGGCCAUUCUUUCGAGGCUGUGGAGCAACAGGUGUUUGGCUCUGGUUUAGUUCCUACAAUGUCUGGUUUUGUAGAACAAGCAUUAACAAUGUCACAGAACUUAUCAGAAACAGUGAUGAAAGGAUUUAGGCCUGAAAAUGUGCCGAUUUAUGAAACAUUAAUUCGUGAAUUUGCAGUGUUUGAUAGAUGGUUUUCGUCGAUUCCUGGUCCAACACAACCCAAUAGACUUUUUGUAUAUUCUGCAACUUCUCAUGGAUCCACAAGCCAUGUUAAGAAGCAGUUGGCCAAAGGGUACCCCCAGCGGACGAUAUUCGACUCCGUUCACGAUAGCGGUUUAGAUUUCGGGAUUUAUUUCCAAAACAUUCCGACAACUUUGUUUUAUAGAAAUUUGAGGAAGUUGAAGUACAUAUUUAAGUUUCAUCAGUUUGAUUUGAAGUUCAAGAGUGAUGCUAAGAAUGGAAAGUUGCCUAGUUUGACUGUGAUUGAACCUAGAUACUUCGAUUUAAAGGGAUUACCUGCAAAUGAUGAUCAUCCAUCUCACGAUGUUGCGAAUGGACAGAAGUUAGUGAAGGAGGUUUACGAGACAUUGAGAGCAAGUCCUCAAUGGAAUGAGACGCUUUUGGUCAUUACUUACGAUGAACAUGGGGGUUUCUAUGAUCAUGUGCAGACGCCGUUUGUUAAUGUCCCCAAUCCUGAUGGAAAUACAGGCCCAGCGCCUUAUUUCUUUAAGUUUGACAGGCUUGGUGUUAGAGUACCUACUAUUAUGGUUUCUCCUUGGAUCAAGAAAGGAACUGUAAUAAGAAGACCAAAAGGUCCGACUCCAAAUUCCGAGUUUGAGCACUCGUCAAUUCCAGCCACCAUAAAGAAGAUGUUCAACCUCUCAUCGAACUUCUUGACUCAUAGAGAUGCUUGGGCUGGUACAUUUGAGCAAGUAGUCGGGGAAUUAACCUCUCCAAGAACUGAUUGCCCAGAGGUCCUGCCUGAUGUAACACCUUUAAGAAGCUCUGAAGCAGACGAAAAUCGUGGGUUGUCUGAGUUCCAGGGCGAGGUGGUGCAAUUGGGUGCCGUUCUGAACGGUGAUCAUUUCUUGAGUAGCUUCAGGGACGAGAUGCGAACUAAGAUGAACGUGAAGGAAGCUCAUGAAUAUGUAAGGGGUGCUGUAUCAAGGUUUAUAAGAGCGAGCAAGGAAGCUAUCAAGUUGGGCGCAGACGAGUCUGCCAUAGUUGACAUGAGUUGUGUGAAAGCUAAUGAAGAAUUAAAAGAAAUAAUAGGCUUAAGGGCCAUUUUGUUUGUCAAAGGUGCUCGACUCGACUUUGAACAAUCAGCUUUUACAAGUCGAACCGGGCGCGCACUUAUCUUGGAAAUCCAUUCAAAGAGUCGGAUGUCUUUCCAGACAUGUUGGAAGUUUGCAGAGGCUUGUGAUGUAACUGCAGCUCGUGUGACUAAGAAGGAUGAUCUCAGGGUCACAACUCAGAAGAUGUUGGAUACGCCUGCGCCAUACUUAUUGGACGUGAUUGUACCGCAUCAAAGAGCAUGUCUUGCCUAUGAUUCCCAGUGGGGGGAGCCUUUGAAGACGUGA